AGGCUGGUGGAGCCGGAGAGCUGCGUGGUGCCUCUCUCCGUGGCCAUGGACACCUCCUACCCACAGGAGGACUACCUGCCCAUGCCGUCCCACAAGCGGGAGCCAUCUCCCACCACCUCCCCGCUGCCCCGCGACCACCUCAUCUGGUCCAUCUUCAACACCAUCUACAUGAACUUCUGCUGCCUUGGCUUCGUGGCGCUUGCCUUCUCCGUCAAGGUACGGGCACCGAGCGCCGGGAGACCGGAAAGCGGCCGGGGGGACGUGGAAGCUGCUCGGCGCUUCAGUGCCAAGGCCAGGUGCUACAAACGCCCUGGCAUUGGCGGAGCGGUGGUGCUGCCGCUGCUUGCUCGCUGCCUGCUGGUCAUCACGGGCGUCAUCCACCUCUCCAAGCUUGCCCAGGAGUCUGCUGGCUUCUUCACCUACCAGUUCAGUGGGAGCAACGAGGAGGACAAGUGGACCAGUGGGCGAAGGGCUUGUUGAAACUCCUUGGUAUCGGCUGGUGGCCCCCCCUGCUCAAAAAACCCACUGGGUCCCAGCGUAACCC